CCUGGGCGAUCUGAUCAUUUUGCCAACCACCUUCCUCCAGCUUCAGAACAGUCGAGAUGAUUGAUCAGGAGCGCUGGGAGGUUUUCUGGUGCUAUGAUCAUUGGGAUAUCCUAUACGACAGGUGCAUUUGCACCCCAUUCUGAUUCUGUGCUGUGUUGGAACCACGCAUUGAUACACAGAUCAGUAGGACUCACUCUGAGAGAAUGUAGCAAGGUGUGCAGUUUGAAAUCGAAACUCCCGGAAUGGUGCACCUUGAAGAGAGUGAAUGCUUCUCAGCCCCUCCACGAACAGGUCUCCAACGCAGAUGUGUUCAUUCCUACCACAGGCCUUGUUGAUGAGAACACUGUCAGAAGUGCCCCAAAGCUGAAGCUUAUUGUCCAACCAGCAGCGGGGCAUGACAAUAUCGCUGUGGACACAGCUGCAUCCUUGGGCAUCCCAGUCUGCACAGCACCGGGCGUGAAUGCAGCCAGUGUGGCUGAGUCAGCACUGAUGACUCUGCUGAUGCUGGCCAAGCGGGUGCGUGAGCAGCACACCACCUUCCAGCAGCGCGGCCUGGGGCGGCCUCUGGGCAUGCAGCUGGCCGGAAAGACACUGGGUAUUGUAGGCAUGGGCGCCAUAGGCACUCGUUUGGCGCGGGCGGCGGCAGCGCUGGACAUGGAGGUGAUUGGCAUCGGCUCGCAGAGCUCGAGGAGCGAGUUUGAGGCAAUGCUACAACGCGCACACUUUGUGUCACUGCACUGCCCGCUCACGCCCAAGACGCGGGGGCUGCUGGGCCGCACUGAAUUCGCGCUGAUGCGGCCGGGGGCGAUGGUCAUCAACUAUGCGCGCGGGGAGGUCAUCGACAAGCAGGCGCUGCUGGAUGCCUUGGAGAGUGGCAAGCUGGGAGGGGCAGGGCUGGACGUGCACUGGGAGGAGCCCGCUGAUCCCAAUGAUCCGCUGUACCAGCAUCCCAAUGUACAAGCCACGCCGCACACCGGCGUGUGCACGCAUGAUGUCAUUGACGCGUAUGCUGCCCUGCUGGUCGAGAACAUUGUGAGAAGACGAGAGGGGAGGGAGCUGGUCCACCGCCUAGUGUGAUGUCUGUGACUCAUAUGAGUCAUGAGGUGUCCGAGUCGUUGAAGUUCUUUCAUGCAAUGCACUUGUCAUCACUGAUGACUCAUCAGACAGCCUGUCACAGUACUGAUGUAACGCCACUGUACAUGUACAGUACAUUGACAGUCACUGAGUGGACUGUAAAAAUAUGUGACCGC